AAGCUUGGGGUCUGGGUUGGGGCUCCCCGUGGGGCAACAUGUUGCGACACCAUGAUAUAAUGGGGUGAAGCUAGGGCCUUCGGUACUUCGGGGGUAAUGGCGCGGGAAGCAGGGCUCCUGGAUCUCCAGGCCGAAUGUUGCGCCUGGUCCUCAGACCCCAUCAUCCUGACAGAGCCUGGGGGACUGAGGCGUAGUUUUAAAGCUAAGCGCCUUUCCGCGCUAGGGACUUCCUCUGACAGAGCCUGUCUGAUAGACCGACCGACGGCCAAGGACCCGGGGUGAUCUGAGCUGGACCCGCCCCUAAAAGAGGACAGGACCAGGGAGCCGGCAAGACGUCGUAAACGGGCGCCAUUCUCAGUGGGCGCGAGGAAUCUGCCGGACCGGAAGAGCAGGCUGCCCCGCACUGGCCGGAAGCGCGGCUUGGAAGGCGGAAGCGGCUUGCCCCUGCGGUUUCCAGGAGGUAAAGUUAGGAACGGUCCGCCGGGCCUAUGGACACGACCCUCUGCCGGGGGAGUACUCGGAUUUCCAGUAGCGUGUGAGGGGAGAGAAAGAAAAUGUCUCAAAAACGGAUGAAGGAAGCUUUUGUCAGUAACCUCAAUGGAACCAGCGUGCUGGAAAUCACCCAGGGCUUGUGCUUUCCUGCAUUCUGUAUCUUGUGCAGAGGACUCCUGAUCAUUUUCUCACAACACGUCUGUUAUUCCUCUUCACAUACCCAAAGGACUCAAUUCUUCAUUGAUUUUGUUUUCCUAAUAGUUCCAAUGGUGGCCACUGUAACCAUUUUCUCUUUGUCUUCAUCUCUCCUCCUUGAGCAGCUAACUGGAAUUAUCUUUGGGGCAGGGCUGUUUUAUCAAAUAUACAGAAGGAGGACUUGCUAUGCCAGAAUGCCUAUCCAGAAAAUUCUUGAAAAAUUCUUGAAAAUCAGUCUAGAAUCAGAACACAUUCCAGCCAUCUCCUGUUUCCGUGUAAUUAACAAUGCAUUUUCUGCUAUUGCCAUUUUGGCUGUGGACUUUUCACUUUUCCCCAGGCGACUGGCCAAAACAGAGCUGUAUGGGACAGGAGCAAUGGAUUUUGGAGUAGGGGGCUUUGUUUUUGGGACUGCACUGGUUUGUCCAGAGAUUAGGAGAAAACCUAAUAUGGAGCGGUCCAGAUUUUAUUACUUUACAAAGUCAUUGUACUCUGUUUGGCCAUUACUCUUCCUAGGAAUAGGACGACUAGUCAUUAUAAAAUCCAUAGACUAUCAGGAACAUUUAACUGAGUAUGGAGUUCACUGGAACUUUUUCUUUACCUUAAUAGUUGUUAAACUGGUAACAUCACUGCUUUUGACUUUUUUCCCCCCAAAUAAAUCCUGGAUUGUGGCCAUCAGCAUUAUUGUGUUAUACCAGCUAGCCCUUGACUUUACCCCCCUGAAGAAGUUAAUUUUGUAUGGCACUGAUGGCAGUGGCGCAAGAGUUGGUUUAUUAAAUGCCAACCGAGAAGGAAUAAUCUCAACUUUGGGGUAUGUGGCAAUAUACAUGGCUGGUGUGCAAACAGGGUCGUAUGUGCUUAAGAACAGGUUACAAAUCAAAGCCUUGAUAAAAAUAACAUGUUGUAUUCUACUGGCAGCUAUUAGCCUCUUUAUAUCUCUUUGCAUAGCUCAAGCAAAUAUAGAAGCAGUAUCUCGAAGAAUGGCCAAUUUAGCAUUCUGUAUUUGGAUAGUUGCUUCUAGCCUGAUCCUUCUUAGUAGUUUAUUACUGGGUGAUAUAAUUUUGGGUUUUGCCAAAUUUCUAAUUAAAGGGGCUCUAGUACCAGGUUCUUGGAAACUUAUUCAGCCACCUGUGACAAAUAAAAAGCAUUCAGGAUCUCUAGUCUCUGAAGCUGAAAGAAAGGGACCUAGUCUUUGUUUAAUCACAGCUAUGAACAGAAACCAGUUAUUUUUUUUCUUGCUAUCAAAUAUAACAACCGGCUUGAUCAACCUGAUGAUGGACACAUUAAACAGUGGUACCUUGUGUACUUUAUUUGUGCUAUAUCUCUAUAUGUUUACCAACUGUUUAAUUAUAUAUGUGCUGCAUUUGCAAGAUAAGACUAUAAAAUUUUGGUGAUAAAUAUGAGUAAAAUUUAUCUGUAUUUGAAAAGUAUUUUAUGGGGAAGAAUAAAUAUUAAAAGUGAAGAAAAUGUGCCUCUGGCAACCCAGUAUUAACCAUAUUUUCAACUCUUCAACCUCUGUAACUAGUAGUAAUGCUUAAUAUUUUAAUGGAUCUCAACACUGUAUAAAACAGAUCAUUAGAGAAGAAACAAAGCCUUGUAAUUUGUUAGAAUAUUUAUUAAAUUUCAAUAUUUCAAAGAACCUUUACAAUUGUGAUAUUGGAAUAUUGAAGGUGGGAGGAGGAUUUAAAAUUUUCAUUUAUAUCACCUUAUACCACUAGUUUUCUAUUGUAU